AUGUCGGAACAGCUGUCUGCACAAUUGGUGCUGCAGCACUCUAUCGAGCGGGCGUUGGACAACUUUAAGAAAGUCGGAAAAAAUAAUCUGACGUCAGCGAAGGUUCGCUCUCGGAUCGGAGCUCUCAAGGAGCUUUGGCGUCCCUAUCAGGAGGGCCACGUUCAUUUGACGCAGACAAAUCCUCCAUCUUCCCGAGCCACGCUGGAAUACUUCAGCAAGGCGAUGUUCGACCGCACCGAGGACGUCUACACCACCACGUUGGAUUACAUAAUGGACUGCUUGGAGGAGUUCGAGCCACCUGCGUUGACUGCGCGAUUUGAGAACAAGCAACGAUUACUCACAUCGCAUCUUUCUACGUUGUUCGGCUUGUCGGCAGUGUCUCGAGAGUCGGCUUCAGAUCUGCAGCUUCUCUGCGAUAAAAUUAACAUUACGAUCGCAUCUUUGCAAAAGUUAGAGCGAUCUCCGAGUAAUCUCUGGAACGACAUGCUCGUUCAUAUAUUGUCUCAAAAAUUAGAUCAUGCUACUCGCAAGGCGUGGACUCUCCACACGAGCCAUGUCGAAACGCCGCCAACGUACGAAGAUCUGAAUCGGUUCGUCCUUUCUCGCAUUCGCGCACUGGAGGAAUGUUCGCCAGCCUCUACUGCAAAACCGGCGGCCAAAUCCGCGCAUGCAUCGCGCGUCAAUGUAAUGACGGCGUCUCUCGGCGUCUCGAUGGUUUGUCCGUUGUGCAAGUCACGACAUUUUCUGAAUCAUUGUCCGGAUUUUAUUGCAAAGAAUCCGAAUCAGCGUCCGGAAGUCGUCAAACGGUUUAAACGAUGUUUCAAUUGUUUGAGUACUCGUCACUCCGCUCAGGAGUGCAAGAGUAAAUACACGUGCCGGUCGUGUGAUAAACGACAUCAUUCGGUGCUUCACGCUGAUUCGGAUUCAGUUGCUGGCGCUUCGGCGGUUACGCCGCCACCCGCGCCGUCGGCGCAAUCGUCUAUGACAACUGUUGAAGUCGACUCGCUAUCGGCUUCCACGAAACCUGGUAUUAAUUCGCAGGUUCUUCUCGCGACCGCCUGGGUCCAAAUCAAGGUCGCUUCCGGUCGCUCUGUAACGGUGAGGGCUCUGAUCGAUCAGGGCUCCGAAGCUACAUUAAUUUCAGAGAACGUAGCGCAAUUAUUACAAGCCAAACGCAUUCGCAAAAUGAGGUCAAUCACUGCCGUCGGCAAUGUCCAUGCCGGCACGGUUCGACAUGCCGCCUCCAUCACUAUCUCGUCUCGCGCCGCUGAUACUUCGUCGGUCUCUACAAUAGCGCUCAUUUUAAAUUCAUUAACGGCAUAUGCUCAGACUCGCGUUUCAGAUCUUAACUCUUUUCCGCAUAUCUCGUACAUAACAUGGGCGAAUAAUGAUCCAACCGGUUCCGAUCCGAUUCAGGCUAUUCUCGGGGCGGAUAUAUAUCAUGAUCUGCUCCUCGAUGGCCGUCGCAAAGGGAUGGUCGGGCAACUCGCUGCGCGAGAGACAAUUUUCGGAUGGAUCAUCUCCGGUCCUCUCAAAAAGAAUUCGAAAUUUUAUGGCUCUCUUACUGGAGACAGUCCGGCAGGUCGAUCCUCCGUUAAUAUCACGGUGCAUCAUUGCACAUCUCUACAACAUCUCGCCGAAGACAUUCGGCGAUUUUGGGAAAUUGAGAAACUUCCUCAAUUGCAAACUCUUUCGCCUCAAGAUGAGCAGUGUGAAGCUCAUUAUCAAGAGACGCAUUCGCGCAAUAACGAAGGACGUUAUAUUGUGCGAUUGCCUUUUAAGAAAUGUCCUCCGAUUGAUAUCGGACGGUCACGAGUCUCUGCCGAACGACUAUAUAAUUCGUUGUCGCGUCGGUUUUGCUCAAGUUCAGAUUUGGCAAAUGAAUAUUCGGAAUUCAUGCGCGAAUAUGAAACGCUCGGGCACAUGCGUCGGGUGUCGGAAACGCAAGCCCCUCUCGAUCAGUGCGUAUAUUUUCCGCAUCAUCCGGUCUUCCGGGAAGGUAGUGCCACGACGCACUUACGCGUCGUCUUUAACGCAUCCAGCGUUACGUCGAACGGCUCGUCCUUGAACGAUCAUCUACUUGCCGGUCCAAAAUUGCAAACGGAUUUACCCGCGAUUCUACUGCAAUGGCGACAAUUUAAAUUCGUUUAUACUGCCGAUGUCGCAAAAAUGUAUCGACAGAUUUUGGUCGAUCAAAAGGAUAUUGAUUAUCAACGCGUUCUUUGGCAAGGUGACACGGACUGUCCGAUCGAUUAUCAAUUACUUACGGUCACUUACGGAAUGACAUGCGCUCCCUAUCUUGCACUUCGCGUGCUUAAGGGGAUCCCAAAGGGUCUGUUUUACCGAUAA